UAUGCAUUAAUGUAAAAUACACUCCGUUACAUAUGGACAAGUUACGCAUAGAAGUGAGUAAGCGUGUUCCUGAUUUAAACUGUUCAUUGGCGCUUUUCAGUAAACCUCACGAGAUGAUUAAUGUCUCCUUGUAAAUGCAUACUAGAGAGUUAAAACUUAAUUUUACUGCUGGUAUGUGUACUUGGACAGUUUUGGCGUUUAGACGUCGGAAGGAACGAUGUAAACAUCAGUAAAAAAUCGCACAAGGAUUUUCAAUUAUGGAUACGGGUAUCGCGAAAAUCUUCGGUCUGCUUUGUGUUUUCUUUUGUGGGACGUCGACUUCACGUCAAGCAGAGAAACACUCACUGUAUUACAUUUACACGGGCUUGUCUAAACCUGUGAAUCUGUCGGGCAUCUAUGAAUUCACUGCUAUGGGUCUGCUGGACGACAUACAGAUCGACUAUUACAAUAGUGAAGAAAAGAGAAUGAUUCCCACACAGUCCUGGAUUAAAGAGAAACUGACAGAGGAUUACUGGGAAAAAGGCACUCAGUCCAGAGAGAGUAAAGAACAGUGGUUUAAUGUGAACAUCAAUAUUCUGAUGAACCGCAUGAAAGACGAUGAAUCAGAUCUUCAUGUUCUUCAGUGGAGAGUUGGUUGUGAAGUUGAGCAGCAGGGAGAUGAAGUGAAGUUUUCCAAAGCCGUUUAUGAAUUCAGCUAUGAUGGAGAAAACUUCUUGUCUUUUAAUAUUAAAGAGUCUCAGUGGGUCGCCCCAGUUGAAGCAGCUAAAAAAACCAAGAGGAGAUGGGAUUAUAAACCCACCUUAAACCAAAACACCAAAGGAUAUCUGGAGAAAGAGUGUGUGGCCUGGCUCAAAAAAUUCAGAGAAUAUGGUGAUGAGGAGCUCAGAAAAACAUCUCCUCCAGUUGUCCGUGUGUUUGCAAAAAGGUCUAUCAGAGACAAAACCAAGCUGAAAUUCACCUGUAUGGUCACUGGCUUCUACCCAAAAAAUGUCAUGAUGUUGACUAUUGUGAAAUAUCACACAUCUCUGCCUGAAGAUGAGAUUGAAUCCACAGGAAUCAGACCAAACCAUGAUGGAUCCUUCCAGAUGAGGAAGAGUGUGGAGAUCAAGGAGGAGGAAGAAGAUGAAUAUGAUUGUGUUGUGACCUAUAAAGGAUCAAUUAUCAUUAAAUUGGAUGGAAAAUACUGGGACAGUUCACCAGAGACUGUUGCACGUAUGAUUGGAUUUGUGAUUGGAGUUGUGUGUAUGCUGGUAGUUAAUUUAGUGGUUUACAUCAUUGUGCAGAAAAAGAUUGAUGAUCGAGCUGAUUACGCGUCAGACAGCAGUGUGACUGACUCUCAAGAGCGAGAGAACGAAUGUGAACUGAAGAUACCCUGUGAUAGAUCAAAAACAGAUGUGUCAAAGACAUUCAAGAUGUGAACUGACGAGGACUCCCGCUCUAGUAUUACAGAACAAUCAAUACUGCAACAGAUCAAGCCCUGUUAUAGACACUUGUGAUUCUGCAUCAGCAGAAUGAAAAACUCGAUGACCAUGAAAAACAAAUCACUGAAUUGGAGAACCGAAUUUCUGCGGUGGAAAAUGCUGACAAACUGGAGACACUAGAGAGAUGAACGGAUCAUUUGGAUGGCUUUGGAUGAAAGUAGAGGGAGAAGGAAGAACAUGCGUAUUGUUGGACUUCCUGAGAAUGCAGAAGGUGAUCACCCUGUUAAGCUUGUUGAAUCCUUACUGCCAAAAUCCCUGGGCAUUCAAAUAAAAUCUGGCUACAUGAAGAAGGAUUUUUACCACGGGAAACAUUUCUGGUCAGGAUUUGGGUUUUUUUUUGUUGUUGUUCUUUUUCUCAAAGCAUGUCAGCUAGUACUCUAAAGAUCUGUUUCUGCAGUGUUAAUGUGAUUCAAACGCCUGUGAAGAGAAAGUCCAUCCUCACAUGGAAAACCUUGCUUUAGCCCUUCUACAAGAAACUAAUCUUGAUGACAUAGAACAUCAUAAGUCACAACAGGGCUUCAGUCAUGUUUUUUCUCUUCAUUUACGUAAAGGACCCGAGGGGUGGCCAUUUUGAUUGUCCAGCUAGAUUAAAAGAAAUUACUGCUUUAUGUUCUGCUCUUACACGAUAACAAUGUACUAAAAACAGAAAAGUUUUUCCUUUGUGGUUUUGAAAAGUUCUACGUUCAGAUGACAACGUUGUCCAAAUCCAAAUAAUCCCCAUUCACAUUGAUCUGUAAAACACUGUAUUCUGCUGCCAGGCCAAUAGAUGGCAAUGUCACUUUGUACAGAAACACUAAGCACCUGCACACAUACACAGGGUGCACAUUUCUCAAGGGAGCACCUGGAGAUGUUGCUUGGUACUCACACUUUAUGCUUCGUAUUCUGAUUCACAUAACGUGAACCCUUGCAGGCGCAGAUGUGAAGUGUCAUCUGCUUUUUAGUAAAAGAAUAUGUCAUAAUAUGAAUAAAUAUUUACAUGUGCAGUUUUGUGAAUGUUCAGUUUGUAUUAAUUCCCAGUUCAUACUUCAUUCAAUGACAAUCUUAAUUUAUUCAAAUUGUGUAAGUAAAAUGACACGUGAAAGACUUUUUUUUUUUUUUUGUAUAAUAAUAAUUUACAUUGUUUUUUGCUUUUCAUAGCACAAACUGAUCUAUUAAAUAAAACAGUCCAAAAAUA